AUGGCCGCCAUGCUUGCCAUUAGCAUCUCGGCAAUUCCACUUCCUUUGAACAUCAACCUCGGAGCUUAUUCACCUGCCUUGGUAGUCGGUGAUGGUGAAAUAUCAUUCGGAGGAAAAGCAGAUGUAUCCAAUCUUAUGAACGCACUUGAAGGAGCAGCCGUUAGCGGGGCCGCAACAAAUGGUGGCGCUAAACCACAAACACAAGCACAAGCAGCACCAGUUGCAGCGGCCGCACCCGCCGAAGCACCCACCGAAGGCAAGACUGAAGCCCAAGUAACAGCACUACAAGGAAUGGGCAAGGAAAUUGCACCUCGUAUUGUUAAGCUCGAACGAUCUGAUGUCGAAAAAGCUGCCAAACGUGAUAUUCAAACCUUGACUGCUGCUCUCAAUUACGCUGCCGGUGCCAUUAAGACCAGUCCAGAAGUCCAACUCGGAACAGAAGAAUCUGGUGUUGGUAUUCUUGUCAAGGCUGGAAGUACUGCUAAUGCACCUGCUGCUGCCGGGGCUGCUGCAAAAGUUAAGAUGGGCAAGCGUGAAGACGGUGCUGCAGAUGCCAAGACGAAGACUACCGUCACUACUAUGUUUAUCCGUGGUGGACCAGCUGUCGGACAAACAAACUCCAUCUCUACAGUCCACAACGUCGAAGAGCUCAACAACUCGGCAAUCACCAAGCGUGAGCCAAGUCCGGCUAUCGAUGGUGUUAACCUCAAUAUGGCUGAGGGACAAGUUGCCGAACUUACUUUUGUAGAGACAAGAAGCGCAGAUGAUGAGGAAUAG